AUGGAUAACGCACUGCACACGCGAGGUCGUGAUGACAUCCAAUCCCGGGGCAUGAUGCUUUUCGCCGUUCAGCUGGCCUUCCUCCUCGCCGCUGGACUCUUUGUCAUGGCGAGAGCAUACGUCAAAGUAUUCAUCGUCAAGAGUGUGGCCGUGGACGACUGGCUCAUUUUCGGUGCGAUGGUUGCUUACACGGUCUACGCAGGCGUUGCUCUGCACGGUGUCACCCAAGGCGCCACCGGGAAGCACAUCACGGAGCUCACCGUUGAGCAGGCGGCCGUGUCUCUGAGAGCUUGGUAUAUAUGCGAAGUCCUUUAUUCUCCAAUCACGUUGGCGAUCCGAACUUCGAUCUGUCUUUUGUUGCUCCGGCUCGCCCUCAACAAGAUCCACCGGUGGAUCAUCUAUGCCAACCUUAUCAUUGUCUGGAUGAUCUCAAUCGCCUUCUUCUGCAUCAUGACGUUCCAAUGCAUGCCCCCGUCCUACUUCUGGAGACAACUGUACGGGGACCCGGGGUCGUGCAUCAAUCUCAACAUUGUUCCGGAUGCGACCAUCGCCCACAGCGUCAUCUCGGCCCUGUCAGACUGGUGUAUGGGAUUGCUACCAAUCGCCCUCUUGUGGAACGUCAACCUUAACCGAAGAACCAAAGCUUUGGUUGCUGUUCUCCUGAGCAUGGGUAUGAUCGCCGGCGUUGCUCUCAUUGUCCGCAUACCUUACGUCAAGCGCCUCGCCAUUUCGGCAGACUUCCUCUAUGAGACAAUUGAGGUUGCCACUUGGAGUGUCCUGGAGCCUGCCCUUGGGAUCAUCGCUGCUUCGGUAACCAGUCUGCGACCGCUUUUCCAUAACUGGGGAUUCGGAUGGGGCAGCAAAGGCAAGCAAUCCGGCCCGUCGGGUCCCGGUUGGGCCAAGACGAGUGGCCCCCAGGGAAAGAAGGGACCGUCCGCCCCAAACAUCGCAGGGAUGAAGUCAGAGAUGUCUGACUCCACGGGGAGGACGUACGACGACAUCGAGCAAGCUCUGUCUGGCACGGGCUCAGAUAUCGAGCUGAACAAGAUGCGUUACGAGGGAGGAGACGAGGAGGAUGGUUACGAAGGCUCGAGGCCGUCUUCGGACCUCGGGCAGAGAAAUCACGUCCAAGAGACGCAGGUUUCACAUAAAAGGCCGAACGUUAUCAACGUUCGGACAAGUAUCGAUAUCAUGUCGCACACUAUUGACCAUCCUCUUUCGCCAACUGAGUGCUCGGUUGGUGAAAAAGAGGAGAGAAAACAAGACCCGGAAGACAUGCCUGAUCGCAGGAGUAGGGUUGCUUAG